AAACGAGUGCAAGGUGGAAGUAAGAUUAGCCUUAUUUGCUUGCCACCGAGCCAUUCGUUUGACGAAAAGAAAAACUGCUGUGAUUUCCAAUAAUUAUAUAGAUUACAUGUACUCGUCAGAUGCCAUAGCGGUGAUCUCAUAUUCUGGUAGAAAGGUGAUUGCUGAAGUAGAUAUAUACUUUUCUUUGGGCAUGAUAGGUAACGAUAGCUAACGGUAGAACUCUUCAUUUUGUAACUAGCUACUCAGCUACUUUGGCAGGACUUGUCCUUCCAGCAGUUUUCUAAUAAACAUGCCCAUUCAACUUACAAGUCAGGCUUAUUGUAAAAUGCUUUUACAUGCUGCCAAAUACCCCCACUAUGCCGUGAACGGGUUGCUGGUAGCAGAAAAAACGAAGGAAAGGAAGAAAGACAGUCACAAUGACCCUGUCUUGUGCGUGGACUGUGUGCCUCUUUUUCACGGUACGCUUGCUCUGGCACCAAUGCUAGAAGUAGCUUUGACGCUGAUUGACACUUGGUGUAAAGAAAAUAACUAUAUUAUUGCUGGAUAUUAUCAAGCUAAUGAACGCACAAAGGAUUCAAGACCCAACCAAGUAGCAGAAAAAGUGGCAGCCAGGAUUUCAGAGAACUUCAGUGAAGCAGCAAUUGUUAUGGUGGAUAACAGUAGACUAACAAUGAGCUGUUUUGAGCCUAUUGUGCUCAUCUAUGAUCAUCACGAAAACAAGUGGAAAAACAGGGAAGUAACUACUGAUUAUUUUGAGGACUGGAGCGAAGCACAGAAGAUCACGUCUGCUCUGCUGGAGGGAAGAUCCUAUGAGAACCUGUUUGACUUUGACAAUCAUUUGGAUGAUCUAAGGAACGACUGGACCAAUCCAGUGAUAAACAAGUCCGUCCUGGAUCUGUGCUAAGACCUUUAGUCUUGGCCUUUAGACCCACACACACAAUAUUGCUGCCAUUUCAGCAUGCAUGAUGCUACUUAGCAAGUAGCACAUAGUCUAUGUUUCAGUAAAAAGCCUCCUGCACUAACGGGACCUGCAGGCACCAGAUGUGCACUAUGGCCCAUGUCCGCCUUUACAAGGUGAUAUUGCCGUAGAGAAGGUGGUUAUGUUUUUUAAUCAAACUCCCCUCUUAUGUACAAAAAGUUAAGUUCUGGAGUAUUUGAUCAAUAUAUUUCUCUUAAAUACAGCCAUACAGAGAUCAAGUACUAAAUGAUUUAAAAAUGUAGGUGAUAUGUGUGAUGCUGGAGUGUGAUAUAAAUAUAUAGAAAUCUGUUCCUUAUUAAAUUUCUAGUUUGUGUUAAGGCUUGAAACAAAAUUCACGCGUAAUUGUAAUCUGACGUUGCAAAAACCGUCCUGCUCUUACUACAUGAACAUUCAAAUAAAACAACAAUAAACUGACGUUUUUACUGUUGGACUCAACUUGAUCCUUUAGCUGCACCAGCAACUACAAAGGGAUGACUGACUUGAGAACUUUGACCUUCCAUGAGACGUUUCUCUUAUUGUUACUAGUAAACCACCUAGUGUCAUUCUUGAUGAUAUGCAUGGCUGCUAAUUGGUUCUUGAUGUAUUUUGCGGAUGAUUUGUUCAAAUGUCUAGACUAAAUCAGAUCACAGGAAUGCGUGAAUUUUGUUUUGAGUUGGAAAUUUUCAAACUCGUAGCAAAGAUGUAAUUUUACUUAUCAACCUUCUAAAUAAUAAUUUUUUAAAGAGAAGGGUUAAUGCAAUUUAAUAAUUGUGAGCUUAUGAGGUUAGAAUUAAUCUGUUAGAGCGAACUAAACGUGAACAUUUUUUACACAUUUUAUCAACUGAAUGUACAAUGACAAUGAUUUCUUAAAGGAUGGAAGUCCUCACCAGACCGAUUUAGUCUUUUGCUAAUUUAUUUUGCUGUGUGUCUUAUUCAGCUGCUGUGACUGAAAAGAUUGAAGGCGGUCACUGAGCUGUUCCAGGGCUGUAGCGUACUGAUUGAGUUUUGUAUGUUUUAAGUUUCGUAAGGUUUGUGUUAACGUCUGUUACUGUAUCAGGAGCACAUGUGUCAGGGUCAUGUGCUACGGCUAACAGGUAGAAUAAUGAAUUUGACAGACGUUUUGUAUGUCAGUUUGCAAGACAGAAUUUCUAAUAAAAUGUUUAACAUUG